CUCGUGUGACCAGAAACCCGAGUAUAUGCGCUGGUCAACUUGAAUACCUGUAUCGGUCAAAUAUACCUUGCCUGGAAUACUUUCCAACUAACGUCGAGGACGAAUGUGGAGAGCACAGUAGAUCUGGGACCCUGAGAAGCGUUCGUAGUUUUGGAACUUGCCCCAGAAAUAGAGAAACCAUGGAUAGAUCUACCAGGAUCCUACACCAGGAGAGGGACCAGGAGCAGGAGAAAAUCCUUCUAGAGGAGAGGAUGGAUCAAGGAUAUUCUGAUAUAGAUCACAGGACGUCAACACAACAAGAUUAUAAACUUAAGAGAUCUAACUCUUGUAUCUCUGGAACCUUGAGAUCCAGGAGUAGGGAGGAGAAUCAGAACCAUUAUAGGACAUGGAGUCACAGUCAAAGAUCUAUCCCUGAGCUAUACAGCAGAACCGUCACUAGUUCUCUACCUGGCGGAACCUACAGAACCCUAGAGAGGGAUCGUAUCUGCGGAAGUGUCCGGAAGAUUGCGCCUAUCCGGAGAUCCUGCGGAAAUCUUCCUGUUCAAACAAAUAUCUAUCAUAUCUGUAAUUUAUGAAAUAUUAAUAAAUUCAUCUUUAUAUAUA